UGCAUGAAGGUUCAUGAACCUCAUGACGGUGGAGUAUAAAAAUGCCAGCAGUAGGCUUGUGGACAACAGUCAACGGUGCGCUAGUCUUCAUCAUGUCUUUCACAGGCAAAUAUGUGCUGGCGAGUCAAGAGAACUACAAAGAGUUUCUGCAGGCUAUUGGGGUAUCCCAGAUGGAGAUACCAAAUGAAGACAUGGUAACAGACCUCUAUGAGGGUGCUUACUACAGGAUUACCAAGUAUUUUGGGAGUCAAACUCUGAGCAACACAUUCUUGCUCGGCAGGGAGGGCGAACUGGAAGAUCUGGAUGGCGCAACCUUCAAGGCCACCGUCAAUAAGGAGGGAAAUAAAAUCAAGAUCCAGUUCCCCAAAUAUGUGUACACUGCUGAGAUAUCUGGUGACCAACUCAUCGAGGUCAAUUCCAUUCCGGGUGGGAUUACCAACAAAAUGGUUAGCAAGAGGCAACCAGAGUAAUCUGGAAAGAGGUCUUGCAAACUGCCUUUAAACCUAAUAAACGAGCAUUCAACAUGU